CUCCUGGUUCAUAUACUCGUAUGUCUUCAGUUCAUCUGGAUGAGCGAAUGUAGGUAGAUUAUAGUCGAAGAAGAUGAUCAUGGCGAAGGUGUUCAAGGGAGCCAACGUGUUCAUGUCGCGGAACCUGGUUCCGCCGGAGCACUUCGACGCUCUCCACGACGCGCUCAAGCUCAACGGAGCUCAGGUCUUCCUCUGCUGUGACCCCUCCCGCAACGCUCCCAACGACUACCACGUCAUUUCCUCUAUCGAUCAUGAGAAAUUCGAGGAUCUCCGCUCCAAAAAUUGCAAUUUGAUAGGUCCUCAGUGUGUGCUUUUUUGUGCCAAGGAACAGAGACCACUGCCCAAUCAAGGAUUUACAUGUUGCCUUGCAAUGGACGGAGUCAAAAUACUGGCAUCUGGUUUUGAAAAGGAUGAAAAGGUUGAAAUCAAAAAGCUAGUAGCAGCAAUGGGAGGAGUUUUGCAAGCAAAAGCAUCAAUGGAUGUAAACUUUGUCAUUGUGAAGAAUGUUUUGGCUGCAAAAUACAGAUGGGCAUUAAAUGUACUGAAGAAACCAAUUGUUAGUAUUAAUUGGCUGCAUCAAUGCUGGAAGGAGCAUCGCUUUGUUCCUCAUGAGUCAUUCAGGGUCCACCCUUUUUCUGGGCUCACCAUUAGUGUCACCGGAUUUCCUGCAGAUGAGAGGAAGGAGGUGGAAAAGAUUGUCUUACAAAAUGGAGGCAAAUAUUAUCGCGAGCUGACCAAAGCCUGCACACAUUUAAUUUGCUCUGCUCCUAUAGGUGAUAAAUACGAUGUUGCCAAGAGUUGGGGUUGCAUACGCAUAGUUACCAAGAGGUGGCUUGACCAAUCUGUUGCCAGAGGAGCUUGCCUUAAUGAGGAGUGCUAUCGUAUUCAGGGCAGUUCUGCAUCUAAGAAUUCAGUAAGAACAAAAAAUCAACACAGCUUGGAGAAUGUUAUUGAGAGUGUUCAAAGUAUGUCCACUGCAACUGUAUCGAACUCUCAUGCUGUGGAUUCAGAUACGGGGGCCACUGAUUGUCAGAACACGUCUUCAUUUUCAGGUGCUCCUUUCUUUUCCAAAGGGGAAGAAAGUGAUGCACCCACUGAACAUCAAAAAAAUAAUACUAAUUUUGAUGAAUGUGUUGCUGGUGACUCUCAAACAGAUGAUAAUGAUUUGUACUUGUCAGAUUGUAGACUUCUAAUUCUUGGUUUUAGUGCACCUGAAAUGCGUAAACUUGUCAACAUGGUUCGUAAAGGUGGUGGUUCUCGUUACAUGUCAUUCAAUGACAAGUUGACACACAUAAUAGUUGGAUCUCCAUCUGAGAUUGAAACCAAAGAAAUAAGAAAUCUUGCAGCUUUGGGUGUAAUUCAUGUUGUAAAACCAGAUUGGCUUGCAGAUUGCAUUAGUGAAAAGAAAGAAGUUCCUGUUCUUCGGAAGCAUAUUGCAAAUGAUUUACUUUUUCCCAGAGGAUCAUCAGCGAGCAUCGCUGUUGUGAAGCAAGGAAAAUCAAAUGAAAAUGUUCAUCACUACAAGAAUUUUGGAUUUGAAAAUUCACUGGAGAAGAGAAAAGAAGUAGAAAACAUAAAAAACAAAGGAGCUUCUCAGAUAGAAAAAGGAUCACUCCAACCGCAGUUCUGUACUUUGAAUUGUAAAGAAGAGAGGAAGUUGCAGGCAAGUUCCAGCACAGCAGCUGAGGAUAAAAAGUCAUCUAUUGUAUUUAAGGGAAAGCGAUUUUGCUUUUCAAGCUCCUUCCCUGCUAAUCAGAGAGCUGAUAUUAUAGGUUGGGUGAAUCAAGGGGGAGGUAAGUUGGUGGAAGAUCAGGUUCAAAGAGAUGUGCAUUUCACUAUUGAAUGUCAUGGUGCGGUACCCUCUCAGACAGAUGCUGCUAGGGUUACGUAUGUGUCAAGUCACUGGGUUAAAUCUUGUUUAGAGGAUGGACAUUUGCUGGAUGUUGGCAGUCACAUCAUCUAUUCUCCACUUCCUUGUCAAGUACCUUUCCCUGCAUUUAAGGGCUUUCGUCUGUGUGUUUCACAGUAUGACGAAAAAGAAAGGCAGCUGCUAAGAAAUUUAUGCGUUGUCCUUGGAGCUAAGUUUGUUGAGAAAUUGACUGCUAGGGUCACACAUUUAUUAUGUAAAUUCACCAGUGGCCCAAAAUAUGAUGCUGCUUGUAAGUUACAUAUCCAACCAGUAACUUGUGAGUGGAUUUACGAGUGCAUUAAGCAGAACAAAAUUGUUGCUCCAGAUCCAUUCUAUCCAAAAGAAGUAACUACUGAAGAUCGAGAAGCUGGAAUUUGCACAACGAGCCAGUUUCCUACACAAGCUGUUCAGAUGAUAUCUGAGGAUAAUGUUUCUCAGCUUCAAAAUCAGUCUAAAGAAAUCAACAGUGUGAAUCGUGAAGCUUUCACUGCCAGAAGUACUGCAAGGGAAGAAAUGAAGUAUUUGCCCACUAGUAGCAAGAAGGCAAAGCUCUUAGCAGAUGAAAAACUAAAGUGUCCGUUAUUAUCUCUAUCCAGUCAAAGUGAUGCUAUAUCUGGGGCAAACCCUGCAAGUAACAGAAGGAUGGAAAGCACCAAAGAUUGUGCUAUAAUGACUGAUGUAGCUAACCUUAUUGAGGAUUGUUUAGAGCAAACAAGCAAGAAUCUCACUCCAAAGUCUCCAUCAAGAAAUGGCUGUGAUAAAGAUCUCUUCACUUCUGAGUGUACAAUUCUUGGUCGAGAUCAUGGAGAACCGCACUCUGCUCUGAGAUUGUCUGAGCACUGGACAAUCAGAUUUGAUAAAAAGGACGACUCUCAACCUCGUCAUGAAGAUGUACCUGCUGCUACCUUUUACGAUGGAUUUAGCGAUCCCCAAACAGAAUCUCAGGUGGUUGGUUAUGCGCAAGAUUUGUCGGGUAUGCAAAUGAUUAUAGACAGGGUACGGACAAGCAAUCCUAGCAUGAAUUCUGAUCUCGAGGAUAAUGGGUAAUCACAGUGGGUUUAGCUGAUUCUUCAGUGGUGAUUGUAGCUGGAGGCUGAUGAAUGGUAAAGUUCAUCUGGUGGUUAUGACACCACUAUUAUGAUAUAUGAUGCAGAAGAAACAAUGUGACAUUUGGUCGGUCCUAAUUAUAUUAGGAUCCAAAGCUCACUUUGUAGAGGAAACAUGUAUUAUAGUCUUUUCUUUGACACCACAAUUAUAGCUCACUUCAGUUUAUUGCAUCAAAUUAUCAAUGUUAGAGCUGUUGAUUGAUGACAUAAAAUACAAAGUUGGUUACUUUUCUAACAUUAACUUUAUUUGUUUGUUAAAUAUGUAAACGAAGUUGCCCACAAAUUAGCUAAGAAAGCUAGUUCCUUGUCAUAUAUAGAAUGAAACUCCGUUUCUUUUUUGAGU